UAACAUAAUAAUAAAAUUGUAUUAAAAAAAAAAAAAAAUUUAAAAUUGACAUGUCCGCGGCAAGCAAAAUACAUAAAGCAACUUGGUGUGCGUUUAGAAACCUGGAACAAUAUCGUACGAAAGCCAAAUUUAGUUCCUCUGCCAUUGGUACACGCAAUGAAUUGUUUAAUCAGGAACAGCGACGUCAACAGGAUGCCGUUGGUCGAAUUGAGAAAAUUGAGAUUCGUUAUUUGGGACUACCCGAAGAUGUAACGUUGUUGAUGAAUAAACAUAUCUCCACGCCGUAUAAUUGUGCCCAGCACUUGAGUGAGGGCCAUUGCAAACGAUCGGCUUUGGCCCUAAUCGAUGGCACAAUUCCUUGGGAUAUGCAUCGGCCAUUGCAGGAAUCGUGCACCUUGCAGCUUUUACCUUUUAAUGUAUCUGAACCACAUGUAGUUAAUAAAGCAUUUUGGAGGACUUGUAGUUUUUUGUUGGGAGCCGCUUUGCAUAAGUCAUUCAAAUCAGAGGCUAAUCUACAAUUACAUAGUUUUCCUGGACCUAAUAUAAAAUCCGGUAGUUUUGUGCAUGACAUAGUUCUUAGUAGCCAAAGGUGGCAGCCGUCAAAGUCUGAAUUACGUGCCAUUUCCGCUGAAAUGGUAAAAAUGUCAGCCCAGGACAUUUUAAUCGAGCGGCUGGAUGUGCAACAAGAGUUGGCUUAUGAGAUGUUUAAAGAUUCACGUUAUAAAAGCGAACAACUUCCCAGUAUAGGAAAACAAAACCAAGGCCGUGUAACCCUCUAUCGAGUAGGCGAACACAUAGAUAUCUCACGUGGACCCAUGGUAGCAUCCACGCGUUUCCUUGGCAAGUGUACUAUCGGAGUCUCUCAUAAAUUGGCCAAUGAAGGGUCAUCUGGCGCUUUUUAUCGCAUUCAGGGAAUAGCCUUGCCCAGCGGAUACAUGCUAAAUCAUUUUGCUUUCGGCUUGCUAGAACAGCGUGCUCAGAAAUUGAAUUCCGCUCGCCUGCCUCAUGAACCAUUCGAAGAGCCACAACAAAUGCAAAUAUCUUAAAAUGUUUAAUGUUAAGGUGUAUCGAUCGCAUUAAAGAAACUUGGGCAAUAAUUCAAUGUCAUUUUAA